AUGAAGCUGCGCCUUACGCGUAAGGGCAAGAGAACGACCCCAGUCACCGCAACUUCUCCUCCACCUCCUCGCCGUCAACGCGUAGUGAGCAUCUCUUCCCCCACCAGGUCCUCGGACACGAGCUCGACCCAGGAGACAAGCUUGGCCCGGGAGAAGGCCUCUGAUCUGGAGGUGGCAGACCCGCCAUUGGACUUGACCGCUCCGGUGCCAAUCCAGAGUGUAUUACCUACCCCGCCUUCGUCCUCUGGCGAUCAGCCCCCGGACUCGCUGGCUCCCUCCGCCUCUCCUCUUCUUGGGCCUCCGAGCUCGGCCCUGCCGACUCUGAACCUGCCUUCUGCAGACCUGGCCUUUGAAGCUUCCUGGAAGCUCCCUUCAGAGACCGACCCGGCCUAUGUGCCCGCUGCCGACCUAUCGCCUAUCUUUGGUAGGGUCGACUUCUAUGGGGACUUGGCCAUCUCCUGGCAAUCAGCCAAUCGGCAGUUCUGGGAGAGCAGUUCCCCUUUGGAGGAGUUUGAUCAAAUUGCUCGCUCCCUGGUAGCGACCUGCUCUGCGAGUCUGAGCGCCGUGCAACGAGCGACCGAGCUUCAACGAGAGAACGCGGCGCUCAAGGCACGUCUUAAGGAACUAGAGCACCCUGCGGUUUCCUCAGCUCUUCCUGAGCCCUCCCUUGGAAGCCUGGAUGCUUAUCUGCGUGCCGCCGGGGAAUCUGCGGCCUCUGCUCGGGCUAUUUCCCAUGCCGCCUUCGAUAAACUUCAACAGUUGGAGGCGGCUUUGAAGGCCAGUGAGUCCUCCUUGGCUUCUAAAGCGGAUCGUCAUCAAGCGACAGUCUCUGAGCUGAAAGCUGAGCUGAAAGCCAAAGAGGCAGAGCUGCUCUCCCAAUCAGAGGAGUUGACGCUGCUACGGCAAGGUCAGGAGCUCUUGCAAAUGGGGUUGGCCGAUGCCCAGGCCCUGGAAGCGGUGUCUCAAGGCCAGAGCGAUUUGUCCGUGGUCCGCGCCGAGGCUGUGGAGAACCAGAACAGUUUGGAAGCGUACCGAGCUGGCGAAUCAGAGCGGCUAAAGGCGUACAGACUGGCCUACGUUCGCUCUUCCUUCUUCCUCCAAAAGCUGGGACGCUGGAUGGUCUUGUUACUCUGUUAUGGGGCCGUUGGUGGGGUUAGGCAGGCCUUCGAGCAAGCUGCCACUAUGAUGAAGUCGACGACGCUUGGCAUGAUAAAACUCAAGGUUGCCGAGAUAGAGGCAGCUGCAGCGAAGGAGGCGGAGAAACUCGGCAUCGCUCCGGUCAGCUCUCAUGAAGGCGAGAGUGAAGAGGCUCAGACGGCGGGCGAUGCAUCUGCCGCUCGGACCGCCACUACCGAGGCGGCGGGAGAGACCGCCUUGUCAGGUACUCAACCGGCCAUUCAGACCGAGGAAGCCUGGUCUUCUGGUGAUGAACUUCCGUUGUCUUGA